AUUCCCUCUUGUAAUCACGUGAUCACGACGCCAUAUUUUUUUAAAUUUCACACUGGAUAACUCAAAAAAUGGAUUGCGAUAGCCCAAAUGAGUAUAGAGAACCACAGACCCCCCUGACAAUAACUUUUAAAAUUCCAGAAUUUGCGUUGAAUGAUUUGUGUAGCCGUUUUAUAAUCAAUAUUCCAGAAGGGGAAGAGAAAGAGAAUCCUAUUCGUAUUUUCUUUCAAAUAGAGCUUGCUCAUUGGCAUUAUUUGGAUUUUUUUUGUGAAAAAUACACACAAAUACAACCAGUUGGAAUAAGGGAAUUUUCUCAUCAGAUAUUCCUUCACUGCCCAAUGCUAAAAGAGAAAUCUAAUCAAGUAGAUUAUAUAUUAGAGCAAUGGAGGAACUACAAGAUGCAAGUACCCACAUUUGGUGCCAUUUUAUUGGAUCAUUCACUGCAGCAUGUUUUGCUAGUACAAGGUUUUUGGACUAAAGCUACCUGGGGUUUUCCUAAAGGCAAAGUAAAUCAAGACGAGGAACCAAUUGCUUGCGCUGUUAGAGAAGUUUAUGAAGAGACCGGAUAUAAUAUUUAUACCAAGAUCCGACCAAAAGAAUACAUCGAGGCUAAUGUAAGGGGACAGACCGUUCGAUUAUAUGUAAUAAAAGAUGUUUCAAUGAAAACAAAAUUUCAACCUCAAACGAGAAGAGAGAUUAAAAAUGUUAGAUGGUUUCGUCUUGAUCAACUUCCAGUUACAAGAAAAGAUACAAAUUGUAAAACACAAAUUGACCUCACUCCUAACUCUUUUUUCACGGCCAUACCUUUUAUAAAACACAUUAGAAAAUGGAUUCAAUGUUUUCUUCAGAACAAUAGAGUUCCAGAACCAAUUACAGUACGACAAAAAACAUCUCCGACCUCUAAUGAUUUUACACCAGACUCUUGGAAAAAUUUUAGUGUUGAUAUUGAUUAUAUUUUUGGAUUUUAA